CUCUGAGAGUUUUAUCCCUAAGGAUGGAGGUUGCUGACAUCGGUCUUAUUGGAUUGGCUGUAAUGGGCCAGAACCUGGUUUUAAACAUGAAUGAUCAUGGAUUCACGGUCGUAGUUUUCAAUCGUACAGUAUCCAAGGUCGACCAAUUUCUUGCCAACGAGGCCAAAGGAACAAAAGUUAUCGGUGCUAAAUCGCUGGAGGACUUUGUGAGAGCUCUGAAAAAGCCAAGGAUUGUCAUGCUGUUGGUUAAAGCUGGGGCUGCGGUGGACGAUUUCAUCGCCAAGCUGCUCCCGCUGCUACACGAGAAUGAUAUCAUUGUGGAUGGCGGGAACUCAGAAUUUACAGACACUGAACGAAGAUGCACCGAACUGGCGAAGAAAGGCAUUUUAUAUGUUGGAUCAGGUGUUUCGGGUGGUGAAGAGGGUGCUCGCCACGGCCCCAGUCUGAUGCCUGGGGGCAACCCUAAGGCCUGGCCAAGCAUUAAACCGAUUUUUCAGUCCAUUGCGGCCAAGGCCAAAACCGGUGAACCCUGCUGCGAUUGGACCGGAUCGGGUGGUGCCGGGCAUUUUGUCAAAAUGGUCCAUAAUGGAAUUGAAUAUGGGGAUAUGCAGCUCAUUGCAGAAGCAUACCACCUCAUGCGCGAAGUUGGCGGUCUGUCCAAUCAGGAGAUGUCGCAAGUGUUCAAGAAAUGGAAUGAAGGCCCGUUGGAAUCGUACCUUAUCGAAAUUACCGGACACAUUUUGUCAUUCGAGGAUAAAGAUGGCUCAAUGCUGAUCGAUCACAUUUUGGAUACUGCUGGACAGAAAGGAACCGGAAAAUGGACUGCGAUUUGUGGUCUGGAACGUGGCUCACCCAUAACAUUGAUAGCUGAGGCGGUCUUUUCUCGAAUACUGUCGUCGAUGCAUGAUGCUCGUGUCGAAGCUUCCAAAGUUUUACCUGCUGUGUCGAAAUCAGGUCCUGUGGACAAAAAGGAGUUUGUGGAAAAAGUUAGACAGGCUCUGUUUGCGUCGAAGGUUAUUUCAUAUACUCAAGGUUUCAUGCUACUUCAUCGUGCUCACGUCGAGUUCGGGUGGAAAUUGGAUCUGGGUGCGAUCGCCCUGAUGUGGCGAGGUGGCUGUAUCAUCCGAAGUAAGUUCCUGGGAAAUAUCAAGGAAGCCUUUGUCAAGAACUCGGAGCUAGGGAAUCUCCUACUCGAUCCGUUUUUCACCAACAUCAUCAAAGAUUGCCAGGCUGCCUGGCGAGAAGUUGUUGCGACAGCCGCCUUGAACGGGGUCCCAGUACCGGCUUUCAGCUCAGCUCUGGCGUUUUAUGAUGGGAUGCGUUGUCCUCGGCUUCCUGCCAAUUUGCUUCAGGCUCAACGGGACUACUUUGGUGCGCAUCAGUUUGAGCGUAUCGAGAAUCCUGGCACGUUUGUGCAUGCAGAUUGGACCGGACACGGCGGAUCGGUGGCAUCAAGUACCUAUCAGGCAUGAUAGCACAACUGAUGUAUUUUGAUAGACAAAACUAACUCUAUUUCCCUGUCGACACUAGACUGAUAAGCUAUCCAUAUUGCUUUGAAAUUUUACAUUUCAUUAACGUUGUGAUAAAAAACAUCGUGGUUAGCGUUGUUUUCAUUUUCUUUUCACUUCUCUGGGGCAUGCGUGCUCGGUGGAGAAAGACGGUGGAGUUAGGAUUCGGUUGACCAACAAUGAGGAUUAAUCCGAAUCGUCAUCCGAAAGAUAGGAAGUGUGUUUUUCUUCGUCUGCAGGUGCCGCGUCUGCUUGACGCUCGGGGUUGGCAGAAGUGGUUGUUUUGGAGACGUUGCUUGCGGAUGUAGGUUUAGCACUUUUCCCCUCACAUGCUACAAUUUUGA